AUUAUUUAUUUAUUUAUUUUAUAAUAUAGCUAAUGAGAAAUAUAUAAAAAUGCCAGCGUGUGGGGCUGGAAGCUCCGGCUCCGGCCAUGGCGGUGACGGAGAGCCACCAUCGUCGUUAUCAAGCGAAGCAAGUUCCUCUUUUCCCCUUACUCUCUCUUAUCUGCUUCGUUUCCAUUUUUCUCGCUCUCUCGGUAUUCUACAAAACCUCCGUGACUCCACCACCGCGUCAGAGCUUCCAAUUCAUCAACGGCAUUAGAUCCGGGAGAUCCAAGGCGGCUGGGGGAGGCUCGUGUGAUUAUUCUGAUGGAAGUUGGGUCCGCGAUCCGAAUUUGAGAACCUCCACGUACGACCACACCUGCAAAGAGAUAUUCAAAGGCUGGAACUGCUUUGCGGCGAACAAAUCCAAUGCGCUCGAUAUCACUAACUGGCAUUGGAAGCCGAAGCAAUGUGAUCUUCCACAUUUUGAUCCGGUUUCCUUUCUUGAGAAGUUCAGAAAUACUAACAUCGGGUUUGUUGGCGACUCCUUAAAUAGGAACAUGUUUGUUUCACUUUUUUGUUCUCUGAAACGUGUGCCUGGAGAAGUGAAAAAGUGGCGUCCAGCUGGUGCAGAUCGUGGAUUUUCAUUUCUGAAAUACAAUCUUACUAUUGCAUAUCAUAGAACGAAUAUUCUGGCACGAUAUGGUUGGUGGUCAGCUAACACUGACGGUGGUAACUUAGAAUCUCUGGGAUAUAAAGGAGGAUACAGAGUCGAUGUUGACAUUCCAGAAAGUUCAUGGAUAGAGGCCCCAAAUUUCCAUGACAUUUUAGUCUUUAACACCGGACAUUGGUGGUGGGCGCCUUCAAAAUUUGAUCCUGUAAAAUCACCCAUGCUUUUUUUCGAAAAGGGUUUGCCUAUCAUCCCUCCGGUACCUCCUGAUGUUGGCUUCGAUAUGGUUCUGAAAUAUAUGAUAUCAUAUGUGGAGCAAAAAAUGCCAGCUGGUGCAAUCAAAUUCUUCCGUACGCAAUCACCUAGGCACUUUGAAGGAGGUGACUGGUACCAAGGUGGUUCUUGCCAGCGGCAGCAGCCUCUAUCUCCUCAACAGGCCGAGGAUCUGUUCUCGCUGACGAAUAACAGAACCAAUGCCGAGGUUCGACUCGUAAAUGAGCACCUUUUCAAGGCCCUUAAUGGAACUAGUUUCCAUAUUUUGAACAUAACUCCCAUGAGUGAGUUGAGAGCAGAUGCACAUCCUGCCUCAGCUGGUGGAAAGAAGCACGACGAUUGUAUGCACUGGUGCUUGCCGGGACUCACCGAUACAUGGAACGACUUGUUCAUACAGCAUCUAUACAACAUUAGACGUUAAUAUAAUUUUCCCUUAACACCUUGAAAUUUAAUUCUUUUUGAUCUGUUACAAGUGCUUUUGGGUCGUAUAUUUAUUGAAACUUUGUAGGAUUGAGGAGAAGGAUUCUUCCCUUUUUGCGAAUUAAUUUUCUCAACUUGG